GUAUUGGGGAAGAAUCGCAGCGAUGAGAUAGAGAGAGAGGAUGGCUCGGUGUUUACUGCGCACUAUGCUUCGACCUGGCACCGAGGCGCCGCGGAUCUACCUGCUCCUCCUCCUCCUGGGGCUCCUGGGGCCGUCACUUCUCUAUGUGGAGGGGAGGUCUCGGAAGGCAAAUAUUGUGCUCAUUCUGACAGAUGAUCAGGACGUGUCUCUGGGCGGCAUGACCCCGCUGACGAAGACCAAGGAGUUAAUUGCAGAUCAUGGAAUGACCUUUUCAAAUGCUUAUGUAGCCAGUGCCUUGUGCUGCCCAAGCAGAUCCAGCAUCCUGACUGGGCGAUAUCCACAUAAUCACCAUGUCCUCAACAACACUAUAUCAGGAAACUGCAGCAGCAAAGCUUGGCAGAAGACUCAGGAGCCGUACACUUUCCCUGCCCUCCUUUACUCCAUCGGCUACCAGACUUUCUUUGCUGGGAAGUAUUUAAAUCAGUAUGGCUCAGAGGAAGCUGGAGGGAUAAAUCACGUGCCCCCUGGCUGGAGUUACUGGUUUGCGCUGGAGAAAAAUUCAAAGUAUUAUAACUACACUCUGUCAGAAAAUGGCCGACCAAAAACCCAUGGGGAAAACUACAGUCAGGAUUAUCUGACCGAUGUCUUGUCCAAUGUCUCGUUGGAUUUCUUGAACUACAAAUCUAACCAUGAGCCAUUCUUCAUGAUGAUCGCAACACCAGCCCCACACUCUCCAUGGACUGCCGCCCCUCAAUAUGAGAAUGCCUUCCUGAAUGUCAGUGCUCCCAGGGGAGGCAAUUUCAAUGUUCAUGGAAAGGACAAGCACUGGUUAAUUAGACAGGCCAAAUCACCAAUGAGCAAUUCAUCAAUCCAGUACUUAGACAAUGCAUUUCGGAAAAGAUGGCAAACUCUUCUGUCUGUUGAUGAUCUGGUAGAGAACCUUCUGAAGCAGCUAGAAGUCCGCGGUGAGCUGGAUAACACCUUUAUCUUUUUUACAUCAGACAAUGGAUAUCACACAGGCCAGUUCUCACUGCCGAUAGACAAACGGCAGCUCUAUGAAUUCGACAUCAAAGUUCCACUGCUUGUUCGAGGGCCUGGGAUCAAACCUAACCAAAUAACUAAAUCACUGGUUGCAAAUAUUGAUCUAGGCCCAACCAUUCUGGACAUUGCUGGCUAUGACUUGAACAAGACUCAGAUGGAUGGGAUGUCAUUCCUUCCACUUAUGAUAAAUAACACUAAUGUAAAUUGGCGAACAGAUAUUUUGGUUGAAUACCAAGGGGAAGGAAGCAAUACAUCAGACCCAAACUGCCCAACACUGCGCCCUGGAGUUUCUCAAUGUUUUCCUGACUGUGUAUGUGAAGACUCGUACAACAACACAUAUGCCUGUGUGAGAACCAUUGCAGCUGCCUACGACUUGCAGUACUGUGAGUUUGAUGAUGCGGAGGUCUUUGUGGAAGUGUAUAAUAUAACCGCAGAUCCAAACCAACUAACAAACAUAGCAAAAACCAUUGACCAGGAGAUCCUGGAGAAGAUGAACCAUCGCCUUAUGAUGUUACAGUCUUGUUCUGGGCCAUCAUGUCACACCCCAGGAGUGUUUGAUCCAAGGUACAGGUUUGAGCCUCGGUUGAUGUUUAAGGACCAAGUGGAACAAGGACACACCUUAAGCAGAAAGACUUUGCGGUAACUUGCACGUGACUUAAGAAUUCUGCUGGUCCCUGUCUGCUGGUCAGUGUUGGGAUGGCAGUGAUUGGGAUCAUUUACUUGCUGGCUGCCUGUGUGAAUUGAAACACUUCAGAUGUGUUUUUUAAAUGACUGGUCCGAACUUCUGGCGUUUGUCUUCUCUCGCUACUGGAUUUUUGGAAUCUCUUUUUUUAAUUUUAAAUGCAAAUCCUCCCCUCAGAUAAAAGAAAAUAGCACAAUGCCAUAUUCCGUUUUCUUUUAUAGUCAUGGAGAAAUGUUUUCCACUUUAGUCAGAGGAAGAGAGAGGAUAAUAGCCAGGCCCUGUGAUUAUAUGCAGCGCUUAUACUUUUAUAGUUAAAUCAUAAUUCAAUUAUCAGAAAACUAUUUUAGGAGUGUAACAUAGAAAAUCACCCCAAUGUUGCAUGAUGCAAGUACAACUGGCGCCAUUGCUACAUGGUGGUAAGUUACUGGGGCAAAUUGACUCCAAAUUGCAACAUAUAAAUAAAAAUGAUAUCUCCCUCCUCCCCAAGUGACCUCACGUUGCCUUGUAAUUAAAGGUUUUAAAAGGAAAGGCCCAAUGAUUUUUUUUUUACCUUCCUGUAACUCACAGUGCUAUCAAGCAUCUAAAAUAUGAUGUUAAAGGGAUACUGACAUUGAAUUAUAUAUACAGAUAUGGGGUCAGUUAUCCGGAAACCCAUUAUCCAGAAAGUUCCAAAUAAGGGAAAGGCCGUCUCCCAUAUACUCCAUUAUAUUCUCAUUUAUUACAUCAUAAAUUGUGACACUUGUUUUCUGUAAUGAUUUCUAUUUUCCCCUGCCAGCCAAGAUUACCAGCAGCAGCUCAGCAAGCCACAUCAGUGACUUUCUAAAUUGUUACAGUUGAAUACAUUGGUUGAUAUAUUUUGCGACAUCAUACUGAGCAUGUCAUUUAUCUGAUGCUACUAAGAAAUGUAUCGCUUUGUAACAAAUGAGAAGGUUGGCUGUUUGAGAGGGAAAUUCCUUUUUGAAACCUACAUUUUAGAAAAACUACAAAAUGAUUUAGCAAAAGUCAUUAUUUGUAGUAUGCUAUUUUUAAAGAAUACAUAUUGUAAAGGUGAACUGCCUCUUAAAAAAUACAUUAUGCAGUGGUAGUAGUGCUUGAAAACAAAUCUUUGGACAAGGUCUGCGACUUCAAAAACCAUAAUUCUUUGUACACUGCAGAUGAUUUUCAAUUUCUAUUUUAUUGAUUCUCUCUCUCUCUCUAUAUAUAUAUUUUUUUAUCCCCUGAACAUGUUGUAUUUCUAUGCAUCCUAUGAAGUUUGAAGAGAUGCAAAGCCAUAAAGCUUUAAAGGACAGUACCUAGCAAUAAUAACAUUUUAUUGGUACAAAGACAUUAUGUAGUUGCUGGCCUGCACGGUAUCUCUUUCACUGCCUCUAUACUCAUUGGUAUAAAGCAGGGCACUGCUUGUAAGCAAUGUUCCAAAAACUUUGGGUUGUCUCCUGUGGGUGUAUGGUGGGGAACAAAAUAAUAGGGUCCAGCCUGAAACAUAAAUAUUUCAGAAACAGCAGGAUCACUGAUGCAGGAAUAUUUUAUAUCUAUUAAGCUUGCUAUAUACUAUCUGGGCUUUCAAUAAAUUCUGUACCCCAGUGAGGGGGUGGAAUGGAAAAAGUUUUUAUUUUUUUAUUUGAAUAGAUAGAUACAGUGUACAUUAUACUGAUUUUGUUUAGUGUGUCCUGCUGCUGUAGGCUCCAGUAUAUCCUGCCCUGUUGUAGGCCAUAAAUAUGUAUUGUAUGUCCUGCUCCUCGGAGGCUUGAGGGGAAUGUAGAUACAGUUACAAAAUGAAUAUAAGUUGGUGUAAAGUUGUUGGCUAUCUCCAGUAUAUACAUCAGGUAUGUCCCCACAUAAGUCACAGAAUUACUGAGCAUAAUGUUAUGUUAUUGGGAUCUGUCCAAUCAGUUCUUUAAAAGUCAUUUUUUCGGGACAUUCCCAAAGAACCUAUGGGCUAAUAUACAGUAUAUGCUAUUAGAGGGUAACUUGGUUUUGAGUAUAUUAUGAUUAGAAAUGCUGAAGACUGACUAUUAAAUUGUUUAAGUAAUUUCGUUUAACAAUAUAUUGGAUAUAUACAGUUGAUAUUUCGCUAAAAGAGGUUUUCUUUCUUUCACUACCCCGUUAUCUCGUUAUAAUAUAUUGAAUCAUUGAUUGCUUUAAACUUGAGGAUUGGCUUUGUGGAAGGGAAGAUCAUAUAGUCAGUAAACUAUAUUCAUCUAUGUUAAGCUAUAAUUUACUUUUAAUUGUGAGUUUUUGUUAUUAUUUAAUAAAAAUGCAUAUCACCUUAGUUACCAUAGACUAGUGGUCCCCAACCAGUGGCUUGUGAACAGCAUGUUGCUCUCCAACCCCUUGGAUAUUGCUCCCAGUGGCCUCAAAGCAGGAGCUUAUUUUUGAAUUUUUGGCAUGAAGGCAAGUUUUUGGUUGGAUAAAAACUUGUACUCUCUUGGGGCAGCAAUAAACAUGUCUGACUGCCCAUAGUGCACCAUGACUGCUUACUAUUAUUGUUCAGAAUAAGAUGGGGGCUGGCAGAUGGUGAACAUAUAUAAAAGAGCCUGCAGUAUGACUAUUUGCCAAUUAAAGACUGAUCAAGGUGUUAAUCCCUGUAUAGCCCAGUCAUAUCUUACCAUUCAUUGGCACAGGUUGCCUGCAGCAAGCCAGUUGUUUGUAUGCUUUUAAAUACAGCUAAUAACAUAACUAGCGUGAAUGAUUGAAGAGGGCUGGGUUGUGGCUGAAUGUGCCAAUAUCACUUUAAUGUGUAACUUUUGGGCAAAACCUCUUAUCAACAGAUGCACUUUGUAUGUAUUGGAUUGCAAAGCCUCUAUUAUAGACACUAUUGGAUAUGUGAAAGGGAAUUGUGUUGCUUAUGGGAGAGCCUGGUGCUAUUCUUCAGCUGCAGGAUGGGUGGCUGGGCACAGUGCUACCAUAUAAUGGAACUUGGCUGACAACAAUGCAAUAACCAGAUAUAAGGGUCAUGUAUAGAUCUAUAGCAGUUCCUUUUCAUACACCAUGCUAUUUAGAUAAACAAUAUAAUUCCAUUUAGAUAAACAAUAUAAUCUCUGUGGUAGAGAUGCCUAAAGCUGGCCAUAGAUGUUGAGAUUUUUAAAAGAUCAGAUCCUGAUCGUGAGACCACGAUCUUCUCAGAACGAUCGUACGAAUUUAUCAUCAACUAAAAAGACCAAUUUGCCAGGAAAACAAAGGGGAGCUGCCUGCUUGGCCCUGCAAACAUAGAUACAUUGCACUGGGACCGUCAAAGAUUUUUUGACCUGGCUGAUCAAUUUCCUGACAGAUGUCGGCAGAAAAAUCGUAAGAUGUACGAAUACCACUAACCGCACGAUAAUUUCGAAGGAGCUUAAGAAGUCUUAGAUGGGGCCCCUGUGUGACGAGUUCCUCUAGAAAAUCCUCCAGUAGCCCUACAGUGAGAUGAAGCUGCAGCCUAAUUUGUGUUUCAUACCAUGGUUGCCUUUUAAAUCUGACCUUUAUACAGCCUCCAGAGGAAAGAGUGCACUGGAAUAUCAGUUAAAGACCCUAUCCCCUUUACAUUUCCAGCUAAAUUAUCCUUACUAUAGAGGAAUGCCCUAGCUAGUUCUGACUUCUGUAAUCUCUCAGUACAGGCCCAGGGAUUUUCCCUGUGAUGAAGUGUGCAAUGCAACCUGCUCCAACUGACCAUUGGAAAUAUAUCUAUGCAAAUCCAAAGGGAAAAUAAAACUGAAAAAAAUUACACAUAGCAUAAUAAGACAUGUAGACAGAUGUGCAGCAGGACAUUAAUAAAUUGUGGCAACAAAAUGAUCAUUAUAAAGUGUAGAAGUACAGUAAUGCAUUGGAGUCCUUCUCCCAACACUUCUAAAACCCGACCUCCCUAUAAGGCACCCAGGUGUGUGUCAGCAUACAGGAAGCACCAUUGUGCACAACAUUUGAUUGCACUGAUUGCACUAGUAAUUUGUAGCUGCUAGAAGUUGAAGUUGUUUUUCCUUUUGAAUAAUGAAUUUUUUGUUUUCAUUGAAUCUAUUGUGAAACCUGCCUUUGUGUGUUUGUGUGUGGCCAUUUUUUGUAGAAAGUGCCAUUUGACUGACCCUGUUCACUGCUGCACUUUUUCAAUAAAUGAUAAUUAACUCUU